AUGGGUUUGUUCACGUUGCCCACAGUUGCACUGUUUAUUCUGCUCACACUGAGCUUGGCAUUCGUUCAUGAAGGAAUUCCGACUACCCUUGAUGGACCCUUCAAGCCUGUCACUGUUCCUCUUGACAAGAGCUUUCGAGGAAAUGCAGUUGACUUGCCUGAAACUGAUCCUCGAGUUAAAAGAAUCGUUAAAGGUUUCAAGCCUGAACAAAUCUCUGUCUCUCUCUCUGGAACCCAUGACUCUGUUUGGAUAUCUUGGAUCACAGGGGAGUUUCAAAUUGGGGACAAUAUAGAACCAUUGGAUCCGAAAACUGUUUCAGGUGUUGUUGUAUAUGGAAGAUAUGGAUUUCCUAUGACCAACAGAUCAACCGGGAAUAAUUCCCUUGUUUACAAUCAGCUGUAUCAGUUUGAAGGCCUCAAAAACUACACUUCUGGGAUUAUACACCAUGUUCGUCUCGCAGGAUUGAUACCCAACACCUUAUAUCAGUAUCAAUGUGGCGAUCCUUCUAUUCCAGCAAUGAGUAGAGUGUCAUAUUUCAAGACUAUGCCGGUAUCCGGGCCCAAGAGUUACCCCAGCAGAGUAGCUGUGGUGGGGGACCUGGGUCUUACAUACAAUACUACAUCAACAGUUGAUCACUUGUUGGCUAACCGACCCGAUCUUCUAUUAUUGGUUGGGGAUGUUAGUUAUGCUGACUUGUAUCUCACAAAUGGAACUGGGUCUGAUUGUUACUCUUGCUCAUUUCCACAUACUCCCAUUCAGGAAACAUAUCAGCCUCGUUGGGAUUACUGGGGAAGGUGA